AUGUAAAUAAUACGAAUAAAUCGAAUACAAAUAAAGUGAAUAAAAAGCAAAAGUCAACAACAACAACAUCGAAGUCGAAAACAAUGAUGGAAACCAAUGGUCAUUUAUCUGGUACUGGGGAACAAUCGAAUUUGAUUGAAACAAUUGAUAAAAAACGAUCAAUAUCAUCGAAUCAACAACAAUCGAUAAACAACACUACAGCUGAUAGGCAAUUUGUAUGUACUUAUGAUGGAUGUGGUAAAAUUUAUUCAAAAUCAUCACAUCUAAAAGCACAUCUUCGCCGUCAUACUGGUGAAAAGCCAUUCGCUUGUGAUUGGCCUGAUUGUAGUUGGAAAUUUUCACGUUCAGAUGAAUUAUCAAGACAUCGACGAUCACAUACGAAUGAUAAACCAUAUGAAUGCCCAAUAUGUCAUAAAAGAUUUAGCCGUAGUGAUCAUCUAAAUAAACAUCUUAAAGUACAUCGUAAAGAUUUUCCUGAAUCAAAAUUUAAUUUUACAUUCUAUAUGCGUCGUGGCCAGGUUGGACGUAGACCAAAAUCUGUUAGCUAUUUAAAUCAAGAAGUAAUGCAAGAACAGAAACGUCGUAUUGAAAAUCAAUUGGCUGAAGCUAAAAAAGAAUUAUUAAUGAAACAACAAUCAUUACAAUCAAAUCAAGAUUUAUUGAUUAAUAAUAAUAAUAAUAAU